GGGAGAAGGAAGUGUCUCCAUAGAUUGGUUGGAGCGUUGACCUCCUCCUUCGUGCGCGUGCCCUGAACUCGUUACAUUUCAUGAAACAAAAUAAUAACAACCCCAGGAGGAACCUGCUGGAGGAUUUCUCGUCAGUUUUGGUGUCGCCCGUGCAGGCCGAAGCGGUUCCGCCGGUCUGGAGGUGAUCAUUAUGCAUUCGGACUGCAGGCUUCUAUGGACAGAGCGGUAAUGGUGGGCUGGGGGCCGACAGGGGCCGGGGUGCUCGUCCUGUCCAUUCUCAUCAUCCUCACCACGGAGAGCUGCCGAGCCCAGAAAGGUGAUGGCUGUGGCCCCACUGUGCUUGGCUUCAGCAGUGGGACCCUGUCCUCUCUGGGAUAUCCAAGGGCGUACCCAAACAACAGUGUGUGUGAGUGGGAGAUCACAGUUCUUCACGGAAAGAGGAUCCACUUUCGAUUUGCUCUUUUGGACAUAGAAGACAGUGACUGCCGGGUCAACUACCUCCGCCUCUACAACGGCAUCGGACCAGAGAGGAGUGAGAUUGUGAAGUUCUGUGGUUUGGGUCAAAAGGUCAACAAGCCGAUUGAGUCCUCAGGCAACCAGGUCACCGUCCAGUUCAUGAGUGGGAUGCACCACAGCGGACGUGGAUUCUACCUGUCAUACUCCAUCACUGAACAUUCAGAUUUAAUCACCUGCCUCAACAAAGGAACUGAUUUCCCAGAGGCAGAGUUCAGUAAAUACUGUCCUGCGGGCUGCUUGACGUCCACAGAGGAGGUUUCUGGAACAAUUCCUAUCGGAUACAGAGAGUCGUCUCCCCUGUGUGCAGCAGCAGUCCAUGCAGGUGUGGUGUCUAACGCUGUGGGGGGGAGGAUCAAUGUGGUCAGCAGCAAAGGCAUCCCUCACUAUGAGGGCACACUGGCUAACAACGUCACUUCCACUGGAGGAACUUUGUCAAACAGCCUUUUCACCUUCAAGACCAAUGGCUGUUACGGGACGCUGGGGUUGGAGACUGGCGGUGUUGCAGAUACUCACCUGAGCGCUUCCUCCGUGUGGGACUGGAGCGCCAACGCCGGUCAGAACAGUGUGUGGGGACCAUCGGGGGCUCGCCUUAAGAAGUCGGGGCUGCCCUGGGCGCCUUCACAGAGCGACCAGCUACAGUGGCUGCAGGUGGUUUUCAAGAGGGAGCGGAGGAUCACAGGCAUCAUCACCACUGGCUCUACCCUGAGGGAGUACCCGUACUUCGUUUCUGCGUACCGAGUUCUCUACAGUGCUGACGGUCAGCAAUGGACCACCUACAAGGAAGAAAAUUCUACACAAGACAAGAUUUUCCAAGGAAACAUCAACUACCUGCAUGAAGUAAGGAACAACUUCAUUCCUCCGAUUGAAGGCCGUUUCCUGAGGAUCAGUCCCACCUCAUGGCACCAGAGAAUCGCACUCAAGCUGGAGCUGCUCGGCUGCCAAGAUACUACAGGGAGGAGGGGGCCAAGUCCGAGGCUUUUCACCCCUUCUCAAAAUGCUCCGAGCACGAAACGCCCACCUCGUGUUAGUCUGACCACACACACCCCAGACAUUCGAAACACCACUAUGCCUCCUCACAACGACGUGGUGUUGAAAGCCGUUCUGGUACCCGUGUUGGUCAUGCUCAUGACAGCUGUGGUCGUGAUCGGAGCUUGGGCCUGCCACUGGAGGAACAAGAAAAAGAGCUCCGAGGGGACGUACGAUCUUCCUCACUGGGAUCGCUCAGACUGGUGGAAAAACAUGAAGCAGCUGCUGCCCUCCAAGGCGGUUGAGACGGAGGACCCCAUCCGAUACAGCACCACUGAGGUCAGACAGCUGACAGGACGGAGUGCUGUACCAGAGCUGCAUGCUGAACCCGCAGAAUACGCCCAGCCACUGGUGAGCGGGCUGAAAACAUUAGGUACACGGUCGACCUUUAAACCGGAUGAGGGGCCUGACCCGGGAUAUUCAGAUCCAGACCUGUACGACGCUCCCAUCCCACCAGAUGUCUACCACCCCUACGCAGAGCCACUGCCGGCUUCAGGAUCUGAAUAUGCAACUCCAAUCCUGGUCGACAUGGGCUGCCACCCGUCAGGUGGGCCUGCGCUGAGCCAGUCCACUACAGCACGUAGUUUUAUGGGCGCCGAACCCACACCACUUCUCUCGUGGACAGACGGUGGACAGGCUGAGGGUUGUGUGUAUGACACGCCUAAAAAUGCCACUGGACAGGCCACACCCACUGAGGAUCUGACCUAUCAGGUACCUCAGAGCGGUACUCAGAAGCCAGCAGGGCAGAGCUGAGGAGUCCAGAACGAUUCUGGAGACGUCUGUAUUGACUGAAGCUUUCUGCAAGGCCACAGGCUGCUGGUGUGGUGCCAUUACAGUCCUAUCACUGAAACCACAAUGAAUGUGUUGGUGCCGAGGAGGAGAAACCUGACUACUGUCUGAUACUUUGUCCCUGUUCUGUGAUUUGUAAAGCUCGCCUCUGAAACUGAUUUCAUUCAUCUGAUCUACAGGUAGAAACCUGCAUGUUUCAUUGAGAAGCUCCUUCCUGUUACCACGGUACGCUCGUGUCUUACGUUGUUCAGAAGCACGACUCGACAAUGUCUGUAGUUCUUUAUGAUUCCAUUAUUGUGAUCCUGUCAACUCAAAUGAGGAAUAUUUAUUUUUUUAUUUCACAUCCUGCUGAUUAAGGACUAACCCCGUCAUUCAUGUUACGGCCGAGUCAGAAAAUCAAUUAAUGAACUUUCCAGUGGAAAAGUUCUUUCUUUUACAGAUCUGGAGACCAAAUAUUGCUUUUUUGUGUAUUUUUUUUUUUUACAAUUGUGCCAACAGUAAUUUAGUCUUAAUUUAGAAUGGCUUAGUAAAGAUGUUUGCAACAAAAUAUAAAGGUACAACAGAAAGAGGUAGAUGGGUAAACGUUACAGCUGUGAUCAUUGUCGUUUAGACCUACUUGUUUUUUCUCGUCUCUGUGUAUGGACGUCUGUACGUGCGUGAAGCUGUUGUGACAUUUUCUGUAGUGUGUGUGUGUGUUUUACAUGUUUGAUGUGGCUGAAAGCUGUAGAGGAACUGCCCUCCUCUCCUGCACACUUGGUGCCAGACCAGAUCAGACCAAACAGAGGGUGGGCGGCUUUAAGACCCAUCGUUACAUCGCUGUGUCGCUGCCACGCUUUCUCUUCAAGGAGACUGAUGAACACAGGUUUGCUGCUUCCUGUGUGAGUGUUACUCACUGACUGUAAGAAGAAUAAAGAGACAGUUUCACAACCUAAA